AUGCCUGCGCAAAUUCACUACCGGUCCCCCAAGAGCGAAGCAAGUCCCGAUUCCGCUGGCCCGGUGUACAAGUCCUCUUCCAUAUCGUCGCCCGAAGAUCAGAGCCUGUCAUCUAAAUCAAAUAGCCGUAAACGAAAGUCCUCGAUAGAUGUUGAUGACGACGAUGACGACGACUUAGAUGGCCACCAACCGGUGAAGAAAACGGCGCAUAACAUGAUUGAAAAGAGGUAUCGCACUAAUCUCAACGACAAAAUAGCGGCUUUAAGGGACAGUGUACCGAGUCUGCGUAUCAUGUCAAAGAGCGCUCGAGGAGAGGACACGACGGAAGAUAGGGAGGAGUUGCACGGGUUGACACCCGCGCAUAAGCUAAACAAGGCAACAGUUUUAAGCAAAGCUACCGAAUAUAUUCGACAUUUGGAGAAAAGAAAUAUCCGGCUUAUCGACGAGAACGCGGCCAUGUCGCAACGGAUAGCUGCCUUUGAGAAGCUGUUUAUGGCCGGUGCGAUGAAUGGAGCAGUUAGCCCUCUACAACAGGGAACACCGUCUACGCCUAUACAAUACUCGCACGAGCCCAAUGGCUACGCGAACUCUGCUAUGAACACCCCGGGCCGGCCGGAUCCCCAGGGCAUGAUCCAAGUUCCCGAUGACAUGAAACGUAUUAUCGCCGCCCAGUUAGCGACAAAUCAACCAUAUCCGGUACCGCAACAACCUUUCAGAGGUAACCCUACGAUGAUACGUCAACAACAAAUCCAGCCUCAGCAGCACCACAUGCAGGCAAGAGGCUGGCAGAAUGCUGGUCCCUACUUCGGAAAGUUGAUGGUUGGUUCUUUAGCAGGGUUGAUGCUUUUGGAAGCUGCUCGGGAGAACGAGCAAAGCAAUGAGACACCGGAAGGUCGCGGACUUUUCGCCCUCCCCAUACAGCUCCUCAGGUUCCUCACGUCUUCGCUGAGUGUUGAUUUCAUGGGCUAUAGCAUUCACGGUACUCAGGUGUUAUACUCGAUUAGGAUCGUAUUAUUACUCUGCUGUCUUGGGUGGGUUUUCGUCUCUACACUCGUGGAGCGCAGGACACCCGGCAUGGACAGUCUCAAACAAAAACAGGUGUCCUUAAAAGCGGUGCCGUCUUUAGCCUCGCCCAUUCACGUUCGCCGUCAAGCGUGGCUCACUGCUAUCCAGACAGUCUGGGUCCCGCGUCACAACUUCUUCCUCGAGGCUGCCGCUCUCUGCCUCAAGACGGCCAAGCUAAGCCUUCGGAAUCUCAUUGGAAUCCAUGGCUACCAGAUGCUAACAGGCCUCACCGAAGAUCAGGAACUUGCCCGUGUCAAGGCUUGGGCGAUCGCGCUAGACGCUCAACUUGCCGGGGGAGAUGUCGAGAUCAGCAAGAGCCGGCUCACUUUAACACUGCUCGCUUCCGGAACCCUCCCCACAACCCCGCUACGACUAAUGCUUAAAGCCCUUCAUAUCCGUGUCCUCUUAUGGGAAGUUGGCCUCUCUGGUAUGCAAAUUGGUAUCUUCAAUACCUUGGCAUCGAAACUAGCUAGGUCGAAAUGGAACGAAGCGAAACAACUGCACAGACUCUUAACACAGCUUCGACGUGGUGGCCAAGAGCAAUCUGAUGACGAUCUCCCGGAUCAUCUAGCCGCCCUUCUCGAACAUGACUGCGACGCCGUCUUGAACCAAAGCAUUGUCCAAAGAGUACACAACCUUGCUUGGAAUCGCCCAACUGACCACAAUGCUAUUGGGAUCAUUGAUGGCAUGGAUACCGUAGUAGAUGAUGUAGCAAUCCGGUCGCCGAUGGACGCAGUUGCGGCUUGGUGGUCCAAUAUCACGCUACAAGGUGCACUUACAAAGAGUCUCUUGACCAAGGAAGAUGAUGAUCUAGAAGCAGUUCAGCAAGUCGAGGAUGAAAUAUCCCUGGCCAUCAGGACCGCUCCGAUCGGAUCCAUCGCCCAAAACCGUGCCUUAGUUGCGCGCGCGUUGCUCGUCGAGGAGAAACGAAGUAUGAACAUUAUGGCUGCGUUACAAGCAAUUGGCCCCGUCACGCCGGUUCUCUCCGCGUCGAACAGUCCCGCCGGUAGUCCAACUCGCGGUACACCUUCACCACCACCUACCCCUCUCAAGUCUCUUCCGCCUUCUCUUGUUAUGACCACAGAAAUGCGCACUUCCCUUCUCUGUGCCAUGGCCAUCGCACAUCUUCAGAAAUUUUCUCCACCUGAGGAACCUGUUGACAUCUACGGUGUGAUUGAUCAGAUCCACCCCGUUAGCGACAUGGGGUUACUUGGUUACACGGCAACCUUUAAGUUGAUGGAUAGACUUGCAAGCCACGAAUUCGCAGCUGAAGCAUGCAGUGACACGCUUGAGCGCCUUUCGGGCACACUAAGAAUCUGGACCGGAAAAGAUUGCGGGCUAGAGCCAGAAGUAAGACAUCAGAUGGUUGAACGAUGUUUAGCCGUGACUCGUGGUGUUAUGGGGAUGAACCUUGACACCGACACCGGCUACGGAAGUAUGAGCGAGAACGAGAUCGAGUUAGAGAACUCAACCGAUUCAAACGAUUCGGAAAUUGCAACUACGGGAAAACUCCCCGAGAUCAAGAUCGAAACAGACGUUGCUUGA